CCCUCCCAUAUCCCAACGUCAGAAAUGGUUUCUCCCUGCUUUGUAUACCCACCAUGCUUGGCCUGGCCAUAUGGGAAAAUGACACUGAAGGAAUUGUUGUGAGAGAGAGAGAGAGAAAGAAAAGAAAAAAGGAGAGACAAGCGAGUAAGAAGUGAAAGUUGUUAAAGAUUGUUAGUGAAGAGUGGGGCAGAAGGACUAAUACAACCAUGUAUUGUGCGUACACCAUCCCAGGAGUGACUGGAGGUUCCUUAAUGUACUACUACAAUGGAAAAGCCGUAUAUGCCCCAUCUGCCAGCACAGCUGACUACAACAGGGACUCACCAGGGUACCCCUCCUCCAAACCACCCAGUGGAGGGUUCCCCAGCCCCUUCUUCAUGCCAGACGGUCACCACAGUGCUGACCCGUGGAGCUCCUCCAGUGGAAUGAACCAGCCUGGUUACAGCGGCAUGCUGGGUAACUCCUCCCACGGCCCCCAGAGCAGCAGCUAUUGUGGCACCCACCUGCAUGACCGGCUGAGCUACCCGCCACACUCCUCGGCAGACAUCAACCCCAGUCUUCCUCCCAUGUCCAGUUUCCAUCGUAGCAGUGCCUCCAAUCAGUACAGUACAGCUUCCUGCACUGCCACCACCAACGGCACAGACAGCGUGAUGGGUAAGACCUGGGGACAAGGACACAGGGCUGCAGAAGACAGGACAGAAGACAGGGCUGAUUACAGUGCUAACCGGGCACCGACCAGCUCUCAGACGGGAGACGCCCUGGGGAAGGCUCUCGCUUCGAUCUACUCUCCAGACCACACAAACAAUAGCUUCUCGUCCAACCCGUCGACCCCUGUCGGCUCUCCCCCGUCACUCACAGCUGCCAGUUCUGCUGUAUGGUCCAGGAACGGAGGACAAGGUCCCUCCUCCCCCAACUAUGAGGCACCACUCCACUCUCUGCAGAGUCGUAUCGAGGACCGUCUAGAGCGUCUGGACGAUGCCAUCCACGUGCUGCGGAGUCACGCGGUCGGCCCCUCCACGGGCAUGCCCGGCGGGCACCAAGACAUGCACAGCCUCAUCGGGGCAGCGCACAACGGGGCCAUGGCAGGACUGAGUUCUGGGUACGGCACGGGACUACUCUCUGCCAACCGCCACUCAAUCAUGGUGGGCUCUCACAGGGAAGAUGGUAGCGUGGGCAUGCUUGGCAGCCAUCCCAUCAGACCCAACCAAGUGCCAGUCCCCCAGCUGCCCCAGCAGUCUGCCACGUCACCAGAUCUCAACCAGACUGAUUCAUACCGGGCUCUCUCCAGUGGUCUCCAGGGCCAGAGCGCCUCGUCCAUCUCGUCAGAGAUCAAGUCGGAGGAUGAGGGGGAUGAGAACCUACAGGAUGCCCGAUCUAUGGAGACCAAGAAGGAGGAGUCCGACAACAAGGACCUCAAGUCUAUUGAUAGGUCAAGAUCUAGCAACGCGGACGACGAGGACUUGUCUCCGGAGCAGAAGAUCGAACGUGAGAAGGAACGCAGGAUGGCCAACAACGCCCGGGAACGUCUGCGUGUCCGAGACAUCAACGAGGCUUUCAAGGAGCUGGGGCGCAUGGUGCAGCUGCACCUGAAGAGUGACAAGCCACAGACCAAACUGCUCAUACUGCAUCAGGCCGUGGCCGUCAUACUGAGUCUGGAGCAGCAAGUCAGAGAGAGGAACCUGAACCCUAAGGCAGCGUGUCUGAAGAGACGUGAGGAGGAGAAAGGCUCGACGGAGUGCGGAGCGACCCUCUCCCUGGCCGGGCCGCACCACGGCAUGGGGGACGCCUCCAACCCAAUGGGACAAAUGUCCAAGCUCCCGGAGUUCAUCAAGAUGAUGAGUGACCACUUCCUUUGACAACAUUCUCCUAUUUCCUGAACCAAUCAAAUCAACCGAUCACGUCAAUCAACGAUCGAUCGAUCUGACCAACGUCUUGCCCUGACAACCUGUCUUUUGUCUCCUGUAGAAAUAAAUGAACCCAAAUGUA